AUAUUUAUUUCAUUUCCACUUCACUUCACUUCUGCCAUUAACUCAAAGCUAUUAAACUUCAAAAAAGCUCUUACAUUUUCCCUCAUUUUCUCUCAUUUUCCUUCAAUCCAAACAUGCACCAUCUCCUUUACAUCCUCCUCUCCCUCUUCCUCUCACCUGCACUUUCAUCUCCGACGGAAGUUCAGCUUCUAAUGCAAAUCAAAGCCUCUCUCGACCCAAACAACCAGUUUUUAACCUCAUGGCAGUCCAACUCCAAUCCUUGCGGCGGUUCUUUUGAGGGUGUUGCUUGUAAUGACGAAGGCCACGUGGCUAAUAUUUCUCUUCAGGGAAAGGGUCUUUCCGGUCAGAUACCGGCUGCUGUUGGUGGGCUCAAGAGUUUGACUAGUUUGUAUCUGCAUUUUAAUGCAUUGAACGGUCCGAUUCCUAAGGAAAUUGCUGAGUUAACUCAACUCAGUGAUGUUUAUCUCAAUGUUAAUAAUCUUUCUGGGGAAAUUCCAUCUCAGAUUGGCAAUAUGUCUAAUCUUCAAGUUCUGCAGCUGUGUUGCAAUAAGUUGAGUGGGAGUAUACCAACACAUCUGGGAUAUCUGAAGAAACUAAGUGUUCUUGCCUUAGAAAAUAAUCAGCUGACUGGUGCAAUUCCUGCCAGUUUGGGGGACUUGGAAUCGUUAACAAGGUUGGAUUUGAGCUUUAAUGGCCUUUUUGGUUCUGUACCAGUAAAAUUAGCAGAUGCCCCUAUGCUACAAGUUCUUGACGUCCGGAACAACAGUCUCUCUGGGAAUGUACCUCCAGCUCUAAGGAGGCUGAGUGAUGGAUUCCGAUAUGACGAUAAUCCUCACUUAUGUGGAAUUGGGUUUCCUAACUUGGAAACAUGUAAAGCUUCUGGUCUUCUAAAUCUAAAUAGGCCUGAACCUUUCAAACCUAACGGUACUUUGAAAAAAGAAAUCCCUGAAUCUGCAAAAUUACCAUCUAAUUGCGACCAACCCCGCUGCUCAAAUUCAUCUAAACCCCCACAUUAUGGUACCAUUUUUGGUGUAAUUGGAGUUCUCAUUGUUUUCACCAUCACUGGACUAUUAACAUUCACUUGGUAUCGUCGUCAAAAACAGAAAAUCGGCAGUGUUUUCGAUACUUCAGAUGGCCGGCUGAGUACUGACCAGGCAAAGGAGGUUUACCGGAAGAGUGGCUCUCCGCUUAUCAGCCUAGAAUAUUCAAACGGGUGGGAUCCGUUAGCGAUAGGCCAGCACGGAAAUGGAUUUUCUCAAGAAUUUUUUGAGAGUUUCAUGUUCAAUUUAGAAGAGGUGGAACGAGUGACUCAAUGUUUUUCAGAAGUGAAUUUGUUGGGGAAGAGUAAUUUCUCUGCCACCUAUAAAGGAAUCCUGAGAGACGGAUCAGCUGUUGCCGUAAAGUGCAUCAACAAAACAAGUUGCAAAUCUGAUGAAGGAAACUUUUUGAAGGGGUUGAAGAUUUUGACCUCAUUGAAACAUGAAAAUCUGGUGAAGUUAAGAGGCUUUUGUUGCUCCAAAGGAAGAGGAGAAUGUUUUCUCAUUUAUAAUUUUGUUCCAAAUGGAAAUUUAUUGCAAUAUCUCGACGUAAAAGAGGGCACCGAGAGGAUUCUUGAAUGGUCCACCAGAGUAUCUAUCAUAAAUGGCAUUGCCAAAGGUAUUGGAUAUUUACAUGGGAAUAAAGGAAGUAAACCUGCUCUAUUUCACCAGAAUAUAUCGGCUGAGAAGGUGCUUAUCGAUAGACGAUAUAAUCCAUUGCUCUCAGGUUCUGGCUUGCACAAACUCCUUGCAGAUGACAUUGUCUUCUCCACACUCAAAGCAAGCGCUGCAAUGGGAUAUUUGGCUCCUGAGUACACAACAACUGGCCGUUUCACUGAGAAGAGUGACGUUUAUGCAUUUGGUAUGAUUGUCUUGCAAAUCCUUAGCGGAAAAAGUAAAAUCUCAGUGACGACUCGCCAGGCAGUGGAAUCAUGCAAAGUUGAACACUUUAUCGAUGCAAAGCUUGAGGGAAAGUUUUUAGAAUCAGAGGCAGCUGAACUUGGGAAAUUAGCUCUUCUCUGCACUCAUGAAUCCCCUGAUCAAAGGCCAACAAUGGCAACUGUACUGCAAGAACUAAGUGGAUUUACCAUUGCUCCCUGACUUACAUUCAGAAUCUUGGAAAUUCUGCCUCAAUUUUCAUAUGACAGGCAAAAAUUUGACUUAAUCCCUCACUAACUACUGUAUUAUCACGUCGUUAGGACUGAUAUUGUUGUAAACAUUGGUUAUGUAGUGUAAUCUAUGUCUAGAAAGUUGUAAUGAACUGAAUUAAGGUGUAAGGAUGAAUAUUCUCUCUUAUAUGAUCAGUAAAACUCACAUUA